AUGAUCAAGUUGGUUAAUUUUUUGCGGUCCCGAUCGGCUCUUCAGAACAGGCUGUUUAAAGAUUUUUUAUUUGAAUGUGAUUCAGUGUAUUCGGAUUUACUUCAACAUAACAAUGUCCGUUGGUUAAGUAAAGGCAAAGUGAUCGAACAUCUUUGGAGUAUAAAAGAAGAAGUAAUCACGUUCUUGGUGAACUUGGAUUCAGUAGAAUCAAAGCAGUAUCUUAAAUUCUUAACAAAUGAGAGCAAUAUGCUAUCUGUGGCAUUUUUAAAAGACAUUCUUGGAUAUUUAAAUGUACUUAAUACUGAGUUACAAGGGCAAAAAAAGUUAAUUUGUGAUCUGAUAUCAAGUGUAUCUGCUUUCCGACGAAAACUUGAAAUCUUUGAAGAUGAUAUAAAAAAUCAAGAUUUUAUUCAUUUUCCAACAAUCCUAAAAUAUAAAAAGACUUCCGAUAUAGACUUAUGUUUUUAA